AUGGCUGGCUCGGACAAGAACGACAAGGAGACCGAUUUCAAGGGUGUCAUCGCUCAAUUCCCCGACCUGGUGUCGGCAGCAUUGGGUUUCGAUGAUGAUACUUUCAAUAAGCUUAAGAAGUUGAUGCCUGAUUCCAUGAACCAAUUGGCUGCUGCUGCUGUCGAUCUGCUUACGGAAUUCAAUGACUUCCUCACUGGCACCGACAGCUCUAAGGUUGAGUACAAGGACCCAGACUGGGAAAAGGUAAAAAACCAGGGUCUUCCCUUCAACCGCAUCGAGGGUAAUGUUGCCUACGGGUUGGACGAUGUUGACCCUUGGGUUCGUCAAGCGUUUAAAAAGUUCAGCGACCUGUUCCUGGGCAAUUCGGUGCAAGGGAAGACUCCCUUCGGUUUCUACUCCAAGGUGAACCCUGGCGUGAAGGCUUAUGAUGAGUGUAAGGUCAAGAAAGGUGCAUCUGUGUGGGACGACUACGGAUAUUGGCGUUGCUUGUUCCCUAAUUCAGCUAUCUCCCCUGAAGUGCUCAAGAUCAAAGACCAAGUGUACAAGGACGAGAUUUUGACUAAGGAUGACUUGAUACAGGCGUGUAAGACAGAUAACAAGGACCCUAAAUCAGACGAGAUCGAUCUCGGUGCACGGGGCUACUGGUUCACUCUGUACAAGAGCUUGCUCGACUGGAAGGACGAGAAGUACAAGAAGCACCAAAGCGAGGCUGAGGCUAGCAAUCGCAAGUGGCACAACAAAGAAGGCGAUGACGUGGUAAUUAGUCAAUGUUCCCACUCGAAGUACGAACCCGUCCCCAAGACUGACAAGAUCAGAUGGACCGAAGUCACCACUGACACUCUUGCCGACGGGACGACGAAGAAGGUCACUACGAUUAAGGAACGGCCCAUUGGCCAGAACCCUCCCACGUGGACCCCGGUGGCUUCCUAUGAAACUUGA